AUGAGUAGUGAGGAAUAUAGGCCUCAUGAAUAUCUUCCAACGAUAGACGCAAUAUUGAGUGUAGCGGACUUGGAGAAGAUAACGGUUAAAAAAAUUCGAAAUGCAUUGCAAGAAUUGUUCGGCGUGAAUUUAAAUCCUCAUAAGCAAAAUGUGAAUGAAAUAAUAAUGGAGAGGUACUACCUGCUCUUGGACCAGAGAAAGAAUGAACAACGAUCGUUGAAGGAGCGAAAAGCUGAAAUUGAAGCUCAAGAUGCGAUCAUGGCCGCACGGUUACUGAAAACUCCAUAUAACUCUCCAUUGACGAGAUCAAGUGCUAAGAAUAAAACCACUACUAGUAAAGUAAAGAAACCGAAAAAGGUAUCAGAUAAACCUCCAAGGACGAACAAUCCCUUCAAUAAGGUUAUGGGAUUAUCCAGUGAAUUGGCUGAUGUAGUGCAGGCGACUCAGAAAUCAAGACCACAGGUGGUAAAGAUUCUCUGGGAAUACAUAAAGGGAAGAGAUCUACAGAAUCCGAGCGAUAAAAGAAUAAUCAUAUGUGACGAAAAACUACAGAGGCUUUUCAAAAAGAAAACCGUUGGAGCAUUCGAGAUGAAUAAGAUCUUAUCGAAGCACAUAUUUCCCUUGGAAGAUGGGAAAGAAGACCCAGAAGCAAUUAAGAAACUGUAUUCUGGGAAAAGUGUGAAACCUCCCUCAAAGGUGAAAUCGGACGAACGUAUCAAUGACGAGGACGACGAAGACGAUGAAGAAGAAGAAGAUGAUGACGACGACGACGAGGAAGAAGAUGACAAUUUAGCUGACGUUGUUAAGGCUGAAGACGUAGAUUCUUCUAGUGAGGAAAGUGAGGCAUAA